UAAAAAAUACAUUUCAAGACCUUAAAAGUAAUAUAACAUAACGUCCAUGUUAUAAGUAUGUAUAUAUGCUUGUAUAUAGGCAUGAAUGCAUAUAUAUAUAAGUCACGAUAAUCGAGACCCAAACAUUGAAGAUGGUGGCGAGACGCCCAUCCCCUUUGAUCCUCGUCCCCCUUGUCUAGGUUUAAAACCAGCCGACGCUUACGAUGCGAGUGAAGACAAAGAUACACUACGCCGUUGGAUUUGUGUAAAAGCAAGACACCGAUAACAUACAUGUAUAUAUAAAAAGAAGGAUUCCUUUUGGAAAUUUGAGACUCGUUGUGUGCGUUUCGUUUUUAUAUUAUUGUGGUGUGUUGGUGUCGUGGCUCUAAUAUACAGCAGACGGGUUGUUAGUCGUUGUUGAGUCGUCAUCAUAUCAUCGUAUUAUUAAAAUUCAACUGACGCCUACUGCUACUACCGCAACAUAAAACAAUCGGAUAAUAUAAUAAUAAAAUCGUCAAUUGUCAUAAUUAUUGCAGUUAUUAUUAAUUUUGAAUUUUUUUAACACACUAUUAAAUACAUUAUUGGCUCAAUGACAUAUUCUCGGCGGGGUGAAACGAGAGUGCGAAACGACGGGCAUUUAUAAAACCUAAUCCAAGGACGUCAGGACGUCAGAAGUAACAAAUAUACCGUACUUGAGUACGGAUAAACAGUUAAAUAUGAAGUGGGCACCAGGUGCAUUAUUUUGCGAGCAAGUUGGCGAACUUACUCGUGUAUUUUCACAGUGGAAUGAGUGUGAGCAAACAGUAGUACUGUAUGCUCUUUUACGUCGAGUACCAGCAGUGCAAGCACGGUUUUUGGCACAAGCAUUACAGCAUUCUCUUAUUGCACGAUCUGAACUCGAUACGCAAGAGCUUAAUGCCAACAAUCCAGCUUUUAUCAGCUCGCUGAUGUCAGAGUGUACUGAAGUUGCGAUAAAUCAAAUACUUGCUCAUCUGCCACUGUUACGGCCUGGUAAUGUUGAAUGUAAGCAAAGUUAUCUUUCGGCGAUACCUGAAUUAGUUAGCCAUUGUGUAAGCACUGGACAAUUUACUGAACAAACUCAACAGCUCUUGAGUUAUACAUUAAUACAUCCAGCAAUCACAAGUCCAGAUCGCAGAUCAUUAAGUCAAUGGUUAAAACAUUUAGAGGAAAGAAUAACAGGUACUCCGCCAAUUCAUAGCUUAGAAGAGUACACCAAUGCACCAAACAGAUGGGACAUUACGUGGAACAAAAAUUCUAAACAACAUCAACAGCCUGCUAAAGCUUUGAAUUUGUUUACUGGCAACGGCGGUGGACAGUCAGGUAAUACAUUUAAUGUACAAUUUCCACCGCAAAUUACCCGACAACGACGAUCUAACAGCUUAACACCACCAGUUGCACCGCCUCAUCAUUUAGAAGUCGCUGAACGCGCUAAUAAUACUAAUAACAGUACCAGACACAAACCACGAAGCUUCAGUGUUUCUGGUGAUAAUUCCAGCAGUCUUAUUGGAUUAGGGCCUCUAAGUCCCCAAAGUUCGUGCACCAGCAGUGGUAGUGAAGGACGCUUGGACGAAACCUCAAGUCGUCCCCUGAGUAGUGGCAUGCGAGAUGUACCGCGUUGGUUGAAAACACUCCGCUUACACAAAUACAGCUAUCUUUUCACGACAAUGAGUUAUGAAGAGAUGUUACAACUGACAGAAGAUCAAUUGGCUGAGCAAGGUGUUACCAAAGGUGCACGUCAUAAAUUAGCAUUGUCAAUUAGCAAAUUGCAACAGCGUUACUCGACUCUUGUUAAUUUAGAAAAAGAAUUAUUGACGCCAAUUGAUACCCUUGACCCUUUUGGUGAUGGACCAACUCUUUUGCUCAUUUCUACUCUUGAUGAACUUAAUACUAUUCUUAUGACACCGUUAAAGCCCAGUCAGGAAGAUGAUCCACAGGAUAUUCCUGCACAAUUUACUAAAGUUAUUGGCAAAUUAUGUAGCAGAUUGGUGUUGGACAUGAUCGAUGAACACAUUCUUGUCGGUUGCAUUAAUAUUCUAGAAAAAGUUCUUCAGCAUGAUUGUUUCACUCCAAAUCAGAAAGAGAAGGUACAGCAGUGGCGUAGUAGAUUAGGAAAUCCACGACCUACACCAAAGUGGGUUUAUGGAAAUUACAGCAAUAGACGAUUUUAUAUAAAUCCUCACACUAAAAAACCCAGUAUCUACAGAGGUCCUGCUCAUGAUAAUCAUUUGCAGAAUAAUAAGUUUAUGACUUCUCACAGAAAUAGCAUUUCAACACCGUACUUACAAAAUAACCAUAAUCAUGGAAUUAAUUCUAACAUUUUACGAACAACUCAUGUUGCUGAAAAAAGACCGAGCUUACAAGAAAAUAGUUUAGAGCAAUUACAAAAAACUCUACAGCGUACAUUCAGUGCACCGCGCGAUCACUUUCACAGUCAAAAUAACACACCAUUAGAAACGACCGAGCCAGAAAUAAAUUCAAGACUUGAAUCACUUUGUCUACGUAUGACUGAGCAAGCUAUCGGUGGUUUUGGUGAGGUUUAAUUUAUCUUUAUCACCUACUUUUUUUGAUAAGACCUCUCACUAUUCUACUGCGUGUAGAUGAAAUUAUAUAUAAUAUAAUAAUAGUUUUAAUUGACACGGGCCAAGUGCCCUCGCUGAACGUACUUUUUGGAUAUCGUAGAUAAUUAUCGAUAAUUUUAAUGAAUGAGAAAAGAAAAACGACGAAAAAAAUAUUCAUACGUACUGACAAGCAGUAAUCAAUUAAUUAAUUUUUCUCUUAUGAAUUUGUAAAUCAUAUUUUAACAGUCACUGCAAUUGUAUUAUUUAUAUUUAAAUGGAAAAAAAAACUUAUAGAAUUUGGCAAGCCAAAUGCUACUAGGAAGAUUGAUUCUUUCCUCCGACUUUUACUUCUAUAUUAAUAAAUUAAAAAAAAAAAAAUUAGAUUAUAUACUGCGAUAGAAUUUGAAACAAAUUCGUAGUAAAAAAGAAGAAAAAAGAAAUAAUGUAAUACGCGACCGUUUACUUAGUUAACGAAAAAAAUAAUAAUACUAAUAAUUAAUGUAAUAAAGUAAACGAAUUGCGCGUUAUUUGCAAUAUUUUGUGUUAUCCAUUUCAGGAAAUGGAAUUCUUCUGAUUUUAGAACACCAAUCAAGCAUUAUGUGCUUAUUUGCAUUGUAAAUUUUUUUUCUUUUAUUGACUGAUAUAUAAAUAGUAAAUAUUUCUUUUAACAGUUCUGUCAGAUAGGACUAAUAGCAAUUGUUUUUUUUUCUUUUUUUUUUUUAAAUAUUAAAUUAUAAUCGAAUCAAAUUAUUUUAUAAUUAUUCUUUAAAUUGAAUUGAAGUAAAAAUUUUCAUAAUUUAUUUAUAUUAAAUAAUAAUUGUUCGUUGCAUGAUAUAACUAAAUAGCGACAAUAUUUAUUUUUUAUUUGUGUUAUUUUACAAGCAACACUUAAUAAAAGCAUUGAUUGUUUCUGAGUAUGAUAGUAGAAUAGAUUAUGCAUACAGUUAUCUGAUAAUUAGUAAUAUUCAAAGAAAAUAAUUGAUAAAUUCAAAUAAAACAUUAUUUUAACACCCCGGGGGCAGUAUAGUAAGACUAAAGACCGUUUUAUUUAUGUAAUUCCAUAUUUUUAUUAGUAUAUUUUAAUUAUUAUUCUCAUUAGUACUAUUAAUUCAAUUAUUAACAUUAAAUUUAUUCAUUGAUAUUAAAAAAAAGAAAAAUAAUAUGGUUUUGCCAAUAUAUAUUGAAGUGUAAUCAGCAAAGGUAUAUUGAAAAGUAAUAUGAGUGCCAGCCGCAAUAAAUGUACUAAUUAUUUUAAUUAACUAACUAUCAUUUUUAACUAUAAAAGUAAAAAAAAAGUUAAAACAAAUUAUAUAGUAUAAAAAAUAGAUAUAUAGAGUAUGAUCACAUAAUAUUGCUUGUAACAUCGAAAUCUGUGGCUUUAAAUUACUAUAAAUUAAUUAAAAGAACACUUAAUGUACUAAGCGUUAGCACUUGAAUUAGUUUUACGAUAUACCUUAACGAUAUUUUUUGUGCAACAAAAAUAAAUCUACUGAGUAAUGUUAAUUAAAUAAAUAAAGAAGCAAACUAAAAGUUGAAUAAAUAAAACUAAAUAAAAAAAAAAAAAAAAAAAAAAUGAAAGACUGACAAUUUCGCGCGCCUCAUUAGCUGUGAAAAAUAAUAUGUAAUUAAUAAUUAUAAAAAAUAUAAAAAAAAAACUAUGUAAGUAAACGCAUUAACUAAUCUCUGCUAUUUUUAUUAUUAUUGAAUUCUUAAUAAUAUUUUCAAGAUUAAUUUAUAGUCACUUUUACAUAAAAAUAACUGCGUUUAUGGGUAGUCAAUAAUAAAAUUCCAAUAAUUUAUAUAGUCGAAAUGAAGAUCUGUGUUUAAACUGGAUGCUGA